AUGGCUAUUUGUACCGAACUUCUGACAAAGCUCGCGGACUAUGAUUACGAACAACCUCUGCCAACCUCGCGAACGGGCCCCAAAGCUGCGAUACUGAUUCUUGCCUUCCUCGAAGAUGUUGCUUCUCCAGAUGAGCUUUUGAAUUCAUUCGUCGCCCACUACGUCUCCGAAAAUCCAUAUGCUUCUCAUUUAUUCAACCUCGACACCGAAUCUGCUUUAUCUGACCUAGCAUCUUUUCUUUCCUGGGAACGAGAAAGACUCGACGCUUUGGACGAGACUUUGCAUAGUUUUAUCGAGAUAUUGACCGAUGGGAAUCAGCCUCUUGCCUACGCGGCAGAGCAUGGCUAUGUCGAAGCGGUCAAGACUAUUAUAUCUACGGAAAGAGGCAAUACUGGCAGUCAAAGCGACGACCCGGAUGAUCCACAGCCACUAUCCUUAGCAGCGCGGAACGGACAUGAAGCGGUAGUGAGUAUUCUACUCGGCACAGAUGGCAUCGACCCCGACCACCGCGAGGAGAUCUGGAACGGACAGACGGCGCUUUCAUCAGCAGCAGAAGGUGGACAUGAAGCAGUCGUCAAGCUACUGCUUGAAACGCCGGGGGUUGACCCAAAUAUUGAGGACUGGAAUUAUCAGACGCCGCUUUUGCUCGCCUCGCGUGGUGGAUAUGGUGCCGUUGUGAAGCUGUUACUCUCCAAAGAUGUCGAUCCAAAUUUCAAAAAUUACUGGGGAGAAACGGCUCUUAUUGUGGCCGCAGAGCUAGGACACGAAGAAGUCAUCAAGCCACUACUAGCUGCAAAUGAUAUCCAUCCCGAGAUUCAAAAUUCAAAAGGCGAAACAGCCUUCUCGGUGGCCGCUGAACUUGGUCACACGGCCAUAGUUAAACUGCUUCUUGCCACUGGCACUGUCGAUCCUAACUUCAAGGACUCGGACGGACAUAAAAAACUCUGUUGGGCUGCGAGAAAUGGUCAUAAUGCGGUCGUUCAGCUGUUAUUGACAAUGAAACCUGUUGAUCCCAAUACUAAAGGCGUCGAUGGGUAUACGCCGCUAUCAUGGGCUGCAGGACAUGGCCAUCGGGAAGUGGUCAGUACAUUGCUCGCAACCAAUGGGGUAAUGCUGGAUGUGAGAGACUCGGAUGGACGCACCCCUCUCUCCCUGGCAGCUGAAGCUGGGCACGAGACAGUGAUCAAACUCCUGCUCUCCACAAAUGGGGUCGAUCCAAACUCCUCAGAUUUUAACGAACGCAAGCCGAUAUGGUGGGUUGCAUGUGGCGGAAACGAGCCUACCGCCAAGUUAUUACUCGCAGUGAAGAAUCUUAUUAUAGAUUCUAAAGACUUCGACGGAGAGACGCCAUUGAAUUGCGCAGCUCGGAAUGGGCAUGAGGGAAUGGUUCGACUGAUUCUUGCUAAUGGCGCCAAUCCUGGCUCGGAAGAUUCCGAGGGUCGAUCACCUCUCUUCUGGGCAGUUCACAACGGGCUUGAAAAACUAGUCGAGGAGCUGGUUGUCAUGCAAGGAGUCGAUCCUGAUUCUGCAAGCUCCGACCGACAGACACUGUUGCUCCAUGCCGUAGAACACGGCAAUGAAGUCAUAGUGAAACUGCUGCUCUCUACAAGACGUGUCAAUAUUGAAUCUCGGAAUUCAAACAUGGAGACACCAGUGUGGUGGGCGGCAAGAAACGGGCUCGGAGCUGUAGUUGAGCUACUACUUGCCGACGGCGCGGAUCCAGAUCCAAGGAAUUCCGCUGGAGAGACACCAAUAUGGUGGGCAGCACAAAACGGACACGAGAUGAUAGUCAAGCUUCUUCUCCAAGCAGGAGUCAGUCCCGAGCCCCAUAUCUCUGGUCGGGAAACGCCAUUGUGGUUAGCGGCACGAAAUGGGCAUGAGAAAGUUGUUGAGCUGCUUCUUACAACUGGGCGAGUCAAUACAAACUUCAAAGACUCGAUGGGAGAGACACCACUCUGGUGGGAAGCACGCAAUGGGCACGAAGCAACAGUUAGUCUGCUGCUCGCAAUGGGAGCGUUUCCAGAUUCGGAGAAUGAAGAUGGCCAGACACCUUUGUCCUGUGCAGCGGAAUUUGGACAUGAAGAUGUAGUCAAGCUUUUUCUUGCUUAUAAUGUCAAUCUCAAUUCUCAGAAUUCUAUUGGAGAGACAGCGCUUUCUUUGGCAAGAGAAAACGGACAUGAGUCAUUGGUUAAACUGUUAACUCCUGGGUGA